AUGUUGACGCAAAGGAAAAUGAAAGAAGAAUGGGCGCUUUUGUCUGGUACGGAAACUCGGGAUUGCUUGCAGCUUAUCAUUGACGCCGGAAUGAUACACUGCACACUCGCAGGAUAUGAAUCCUUUGAAGGUUUCGACAAGUUGUGCAUGUUAAGAUGCGAUGAAGACGGUUUGCUGCCGAUGCCAACUGGGGUUUGCUACAGUGGUGACGUGGACUGCGAAAAUCAAGGGGUGAAACACAAAGUCCUUCAAUGGACUAUGGACGCAGAAAAGAAGAAAACCAACAUUAUAAAUAAAUGGUGCCGUACCUCUGGCGGGAAGUAA